UCCACGCGCAUUUUGCGGUCCAAAUCAUGGCUCGUCUUAUAAAGUUAUUUAAACGACCUCAUCCCGCCGCUCUUUUCCCUCUUCUUCUUCUUGUUCCUCAUUCUCUCACCCGUGACUGGAUAUCUACGUCUUGUCUCCUUCCUCCCCCCGUUUUCCCUCUUAUAAUUUUUUUUAUAUCGCUAUUUAGUUUGGAUUUGAUCCUUUUCCUUUCUACUAUAAUUCGUCUAAUCCUAAAUUUCGGUGCUUAAUCUAUCCUAUUAUCAUGUUGCCCAGAUUGUUUAUUCUCGCCGCCCUUGCCCUUAGCGCCACAGCUCAGAAACCUCCCGCCGCAUCCGCUUCUCCAACACCUUCUGCUGGUGGCUUCCAAUUCAAAGAACAGUAUCCUAAUCCAGGAUCGGUGCCUACUCCUAAGCCUGAAUGGAUGGACUUAUUGAAGAGUGCCAACAUUUCCAACGCACCAGUAUUGAAGGGUGGUUCUGAUGGACCCAAGCAAUCUGGUGACAGCGAUCCCUACUGUGAUUGGACCUUCACAGGCUGCACUCGUCCCGACGACAUCGUUGCUUGUCCCAAGGGUGAUUGGGGUAUCACUUACGAUGAUGGCCCAACUGAAUUCAGCCCCAAGUUGUAUGAUUUCCUUGACAAAAGCAAUCAAAAGGCAACUCUGUUCAUGAUUGGCGGUCAAGUCGUCCGCUAUCCUGACUUGACCAUGCGCGCUUACAAGGCCGGUCAUGAAUUGGCCAUGCAUACCUGGUCUCAUUCCUACCUGACAACCCAAACCAAUGAACAAAUCGUUGCUGAACUCAAGUGGACCGAACAAGCCAUCAAAGAAGUGACAGGUGUCUCCCCUCGAUUUUAUCGUCCGCCUUAUGGUGACAUUGAUGACCGCGUCCGCGACAUUGCUAAAGCUUUGGGCUUCACCGCUGUUAUUUGGAAUCAUGAUACUGAUGACUGGAAGGUGGAUGAAGAUCCCAGUUUCAAGGAAACCUGGAUUGAUGGCAAUGUGACCGAAUGGGCCGCCGAAGCUUCCACUGCUACCGAAGGCGGUAUUUCCUUGGAACAUGACUUGUAUCAGAAGACCGUCGAUGCUGCCAUUCGUGUUCUUCCCGUCCUUCAAAAAGCUUACAACGUCAAGACUGUGGGUGCCUGUAUGAAGCAACCUUCUUAUAAGGAAGGCAAUGCCACUGUUCCCACCAACGCUACCAGCAGUACCGCCGCUUCCUCUUCCGCUGCUGCCACCUCUUCUUCCUCCCUUUCAUCUUCCUCUUCUAGUGAACUUUCCCCUGCCGGUUCCAAUGUUUCCCAAACAAAGGGACAAGAGGCACAAGAAAAGGAAGGGAGUGCUGCAGCUCAAGUUGCAGUUUCCUCUCUCGGUGUGAUGCUGGUGGUCGCUGCAUCCUACGUGUUGGCUUAAAAAAAAUGUAGUUUUGCUUCAUCCAUUUCCCCUCCCCUGUUGACGUUUCCUCUUCAUCCUUUUGCACUUCUUUUUUUUCUUUUUGUUAUUUUUAUGUCUUGUAUUAGGUAACUCUUUACAUGCUCCCAUGUAUAGUCAUUAGAUCGCUCACGCUUUUUCACAAAUAACGUGCUGCUGCAGCGGCUAAAAACACCAGUCGGUGAGCAGUUUAAUUGAUUUUUAUUUUUUGUACAGUUUUCUUUGGCCUUUUGUUAUGUUGGUUUUGUAUUGUUUGUCUGGUCGUUCGAUUUGCCUCUUUUAAACAUAAUCCAAAAGCGAGCAAAACCAUGCGACUUUCUAUAUAUGUCUAGCGUGACCCACUCCAUAUGAAGAUCGUCUUGAUCAGCAAAAGAAAACAAAAAACAAAACAUU